GACAAAGAAAUCAUGGCAGGCCGGUAUAUGGCCCAUACUCAACAACAAAUUAAAGCAAAAAUCAAGAAACAAUCUCGUUGCGAGCUGCCAUGAAAGCUUCCGCCAGUUUCAGGUGCGUAUGGUUCGCCCUAAUCGUGGCGAUAUCCAGUCCGUGGCAUUGCUGCUCUCUGCAAACUCGUUUGGGAUCGGAGACUGUGUCGCAGCUGACUCGGGAUCUCUUGGACUCGGCCAGGGAUCCCGAGUUCUUCGAUUGGCUGAAACGGGUCCGGAGGACUCUCCAUGAGUACCCGGAGCUGGGGUUCGAAGAGCACCGCACGAGUCAACUCAUCAGAAACGAGCUUGACUCGCUGGGAAUCGGGUAUUCCUGGCCGGUUGCCAAGACUGGGGUGGUGGCUGCUAUUGGCUCCGGGAAUCAACCUUGGUUUGGCUUGAGAGCUGAUAUGGAUGCUCUCCCAAUUCAGGAAUUGGUUGAGUGGGAGCACAAGAGCAAGAUUAAUGGCAAAAUGCAUGCUUGUGGUCAUGAUGCUCAUGUCACCAUGCUGCUUGGAGCAGCUAGAUUGCUUCAGAACAGGAAGGAGAGCUUGAAGGGCACUGUUAAGCUUGUCUUCCAACCUGCUGAAGAAGGCAUGGGUGGCGCGUACCAUAUGAUAAAGGAAGGAGCCCUUGAUGAUUUUCAAUCCAUGUUUGGGAUGCAUGUUUGGCCAGGUAUGCCUGUUGGUACAAUUGCUUCAAGACCCGGGCCAUUGCUUGCUGGAUCAAACAGGUUUUGGGCUGUAAUACAAGGCAAGGGCGGGCACGCUGCAUCCCCACAUAAAACCAGAGACCCUGUUCUUGCUCUAUCUAUGGCCAUUCUUGCUCUCCAACAGCUUGUUUCUCGAGAAACUGAUCCCCUUGAGGCCAGGGUCGUUUCAAUUGGAUACGUUGAGGCUGGUAAAGCCGGGAAUGUGAUACCAGAACAAGUAAAAUUUGGUGGAACUUUUCGCUACUUGACUUCUGAAGGUUCAUCAUAUCUUCAGCAAAGAAUCAAAGAGAUCAUCGAGACUCAAGCAGCAGUUCACCAAUGCACUGCAACGGUUACUUUCUUGGAGGGUGACCGGACGCCCUACCCACCAACAGUUAACGAUCAAGCAAUGUAUGAACACGCAAAGAAAGUUGGAGAAAUCCUGCUCGGUGAGGAAAACGUGGAGCUUGCCCAGAUCACCAUGGGUGCAGAGGACUUCAGCUUCUAUGCACAAAGAAUGAAAGCUGCGUUCUUUGUAAUUGGUGUAAGCAAUGAGACGAUGAAGCCUUUGAAAGAGAUACACAAUCCUCACUUCACCAUUGAUGAACGCGCUCUACCCAUAGGAGCAGCUCUUCAUGCUGCAGUUGCAAUUACUUACUUGGAUGGCCAAGUUGAGGAACAAUAGGUUUCCUUGGAGACUCGCCCAAUCCUUAAUGUUUUACAAGUUAGGAUGUGAACAUACAAAAUCAUGAAUAAACAACGUUGCAUUACACCACAUAUAUUCUCAGAAUCUAUUGUUUCGAAAUGUCACAUAUAUGAUCC